AAUGCGCAAAUCCAAUCCCAUUUCUAAUAACUUUUGUUUACAAAUCGUAACUUUACGCUUACGACGACGUUUGAAUAAUAUAAUCAUUAAACUAUUCUUUCCAAUCUGAAAAAAUUCUUAUUUUUAGUACAUGCCUAGUUACUUACCUAUUAAUAAAAUAAGUGAAAUUGAAAAACGCAGAAAUAACUAGUUAUUAUUGUAUUCCUCGUUCGAAAAUAAAAAUGGGGGCUGGACAAAUUGGAGGAAUAGCUACAAUGUUGGAUAUAGAUUUCAAUAAUGCCGCAGGAUUUCAAGGUGUGCCGGCUCAAGUGACUGAAGGACAAUUUAUUGUGUACUACUUAUCUCACGCAAUGCUGUUCUGCGUGGGAACUCUAAUAGAAGCGCACGUAGUCCUUACCCCAGCGAUAUGCGUAUUUGGAGAAAGAUAUAAGUUUGAAAUAUUCGCCGGUACGCAUAGAUUUUUGGAAAAUUCUGGCACGGGACGGAUUGUGCAGCAUCUGUGUAUACACAGAGGUUAUAAUCACACGCUACGAUGGCAGGCCUGUUCCACUGAUAACUUGGCUCUACUGGUGCUGAAUCAGCAGUUUUCCUUCCACAAACGAGAGCCACACACUGAAUAUAUAAUAAACAGGGUUCGAUAUGGAGUGAUCAGUGAUUUAAACAAACGCAUUGGUGAUACUUCAUGUCGGUUUUAUGGCUGGGGAAGUAGACGAAAUGGAUAUUUGGUGCCUUUACUGAUACACUUAUAUCGCGUUGACGCUACUAUAGUACAUGCUGACCAUUGUCCAAUGAUAUGGGAUAAAGGAGAUAAAUAUCUUUGCAUCAAACAGCCCAAAUGUAAGUCAGAAAAGCAUGGAGCAUUGUGUCCAGAUGACUUAGGCACUGUACUGGUGUGUUCCGGUUACAUUCAAGGCAUGAUGACGUCACGACUCAUAGACCGCCCCUGCGGCGUCGGGUUCGUGGACAUUAGUCUCUACAACAAAUUCCUUACGUGCGGCGUCGACGACUCUCGAGACGUUAUCGACCACGAUGACUUCAUGUCCUUAGAGUACCAUGCAGCCCCAAUGCCCUCAUUGUUAACCACACCUCAUGAUGACAUAACAACUGAGUCUAGGUUUUAAGCUUUUGUUUCUUCACUAAUAAGUAGAUCUUUGAACAUG